GAAAUGAUAUUUAGGUGUUAUGCUUUGUUUCCGGUAACAGGGGUGGAGGCGGAGACUGCGGUUUGUUCUGAGUGUGUUGGUCUGUUCCUGCAUCCUGGUAUCUCGGAACCUCCAUCCUGCUCUCCAAGUGCCCGGACUGAAAACAGGAAAUUGAGUAUGAGCACAGGUGAAGAAGAGUCUGGCACAGUAAAAAUACAAACCAGAAACUCUCUGACACUCACACAGGACUUUGACGGAAACAUCAUUCUCCACUGUCCCCAAAAUGACUCAGGACUAGAUUCUGAAAACAUUGUGGGAACUCCUACAAAGAGACUUUGUUUGUCAUCUGAGCAUGAGCACAGUGUUACUGAAACGUCACCCUGCAUAUCUGUUGUUGCACUCCCGUUGUCAGAGAAUGAUCAAAGUUUUGAGGUGACCAUGACUGCUACCACUGAGGUGGUUGAGGAUGACAUCAGUGAAGACUCCAUUACUCAGAUACAGAUUCUCCAGAAUGAACAACUCGAUGACAUUUCACCCACAGGUAAUGAAGAGGCUUCAGCAGUAAGCCGAGCCUGGUUUACAAGUAAAGAAGAUAAAAAUUCCCUUACCAACAAAGGACAUAAAUGGAAGCAGGGGAUGUGGUCUAAGGAAGAAAUUGCAAUCUUGAUGAGCAACAUUGACAGGUACUUAAAGAGUCAUGGCAUUAAAGAUGCAGCUGAAAUUAUUUUCGAAAUGUCAAAAGAUGAGAGGAAAGACUUCUACAGAACGAUAGCAUGGGGUCUGAAUCGGCCACUCUUUGCUGUAUACAGAAGAGUUCUGCGCAUGUACGAUGACCGGAAUCAUGUGGGAAAGUACACACAUGCAGAGAUUGAGAGACUUAGAGACUUGCGAGUGAAGCAUGGGAAUGAUUGGGCUACUAUAGGGGCUGCUUUGGGCAGAAGUGCCUCUUCUGUAAAGGAUCGUUGCCGACUUAUGAAAGAGACCUGCAAGACCGGAAAAUGGACAGACGAAGAAGAGAGAAGACUAGCAGAGGUUGUCCAUGAACUUACCGGGACUGAGGCAGGAGAUAUUGUAACUCAAGGUGUGUCUUGGGCUUCAGUGGCUGAAAGAGUUGGGUCCCGUUCCGAAAAGCAGUGUCGCUCGAAGUGGUUAAAUUAUUUAAACUGGAAGCAGAGUGGUGGCACGCAGUGGACCAAAGAAGAUGAGAUAAAUCUCAUCCUCAGAAUUUCAGAGCUUGGUGUUUUAGAUGAAAAUGACAUAAACUGGGAUAUUCUGGCAGAAGGAUGGGCCAGUGUCCGGUCACCUCAGUGGCUCAGAAGUAAAUGGUGGACUGUCAAGAGGCAAAUAGCAAAUCACAAGGACGUGUCAUUUCCUGUUUUAAUUAAAGGCCUAAGGCAGCUGCAUGAAAGCCAGGCAACUCUUUUGGGUGCUGAAGAGCUUGAGAACAAGUCUGAUGUCCAAUCACAAAGCAGUAACUCCACCGUACAGCACGUCCAGAUCAGAGUAGCACAUUUGGAGGAGAGUGCAGGCCUAUCCCAGAGCUCCCUGGCAGCCUUACAGAUUCCUGUACAGAUUACACAUCUUUCCUCUUCUGCUCCAGCCUCUCCUUCGGCUGACACAGAAACCAUAGCACUAAACAGCGGCACACUACAGACAUUUGAAAUCCUUCCAUCAUUUUACUUACAACCAAGCGGGACCACAGGAACCUUCAUUCUUCAGACAGGUUCCAGCCAAAGUCUUCCAUUAACACUAACUUCUAACCAAGCAGUGACACUCACAUCUAACUCGUCUCCAGCAUCGCCAGAACAAAUCAUUGUGCACACAUUAUCUCAAGAACAUCUCCUCAACAGUGGUGAUAAUGUGACAGUUCACUGCCAUACGCCUGGGAUUAUAAUUCGCACUGUGGCUUCUGAAGACAUGAAUUCACCUCAUACUCCGAGAGAUCUUACUGCUGAUUCAGACUUACAGCAAGAUCAUAUGAACAAUCAUCAGGGUGCUCUGGAAGUGAACUCUUUAUCUGGGCAGAUCCAGCCUGUUGAUAUUGGGCAAGACUCUGGGUAUUGUAGAGAGCCUCCGUCUCUAAAGAUAAAAUGCAGAAGUUCCAUGGAUUUAAUGCAUCAAGUUGGGGAUGAUGAAGGGGUGGACAUAAAGCCAGACAAUGACCUGGCUAGCUCCUGUAUGAAAAAGGUCCUCCAUGCUUCUGCCAUUGAGGAACAGGCUAGUCAGUCUUCCACUGUUAAUGAUGGAGUACUUAUUGUCUCAUCACCACCUGGCUACAUCCAGACAGAAGAUGAUAUUGAUGGAGAGUCUGUACUUCCUCUUACAACACUUGCAGAUCCUAUUCUGCAGCACCACGGGGACAGAUCACACCUUAAUGACUCUUCACUAGAUGGCCCUUACUCAGACGACUCAAAGGAUCUUGAAGAUUUAUAAAACUAACACUAAAAUACAUUCCUAUACAGCACACUUCUUUUACCCUCACUUAAAGGAACAGUUCAGUGUAAAAAUAAAAACUGGGUAAAUAGAUAGGCUGUGCAAA